GGCGUGUAUAUCUCGUACAAGAACCCUUCACUAGGGUUUAAGGCAUCCCUUUCCUCCUCCUCCCUCUCUCCUACAAGAAACCUCCGUGUAGGGUUUAAGCUCUCUCUCUCUCUCUCUCUCUCUCUCUCUCUCUCUCUCUCUCUCCUCGCCAUGGCUGCGAAAUUGCUGAUCCCGAGAGCUUCCAAAACCCUAGCGCAUCUUCUCCAACCCGUCUCCCUCCCUCCGAUCGGUGCCGCCCCCUCCGCCUCAAUCUCCCAAUGCCUCAGAGGCCUCCACUCCCUCAUCUCCCGUCCCUUCUCCCCCCACGAUCGGCCGUCCGAUUCGCGAUCGAUGGUGUCCGCUUCACGACCCAGGGCCGAUCUCGCCGAAGCCGUUUCCAGCGCCCUCGAUCUCGACACCCGCGUUCCCGCCACCGUGAUCACCGGAUUCCUCGGCUCCGGAAAGACAACUCUGUUGAACCAUAUUUUGACUUCACAGCAUGGGAAGAGGAUCGCUGUCAUUGAAAAUGAGUUUGGGGAGGUUGAUAUUGAUAGUUCGCUUGUUGCUAGUCAUUCAUCUGUCGCAGAAGACAUUGUGAUGGUUAAUAAUGGCUGCUUGUGCUGCACUGUCAGAGGGGAUCUUGUUAAGAUGCUUUUGAAGUUGGUUAAGGAAAAACGGGAGAAGUUCGAUCAUAUUGUUAUAGAAACAACAGGCCUUGCUAAGCCUUCUCCUGUCAUUGAGACAUUUUGUUCGGAUGAAUUGGUUUCUCGCCAUGUGAAGCUUGAUGGUGUUGUCACUAUGGUGGACUGCAAGCACUCCAUGCAGCAUCUGAAUGAAGUGAAACCGAGGUGGGUCGUGAAUGAGGCAGUAGAACAAGUUGCUUAUGCUGACCGAAUUAUAUUAAACAAGAUAGAUUUGGUGAAUGAUAUUGAAUUGGAUAUGCUGACUAGGAAAAUUAAGCUUAUUAAUGGCAUGGCUCAAAUUAAACAAGCGAAGUUUGGAGUUGUUGAUAUGGAUUUUGUUCUAGGAGUGGGUGGAUAUGACCUAGAGAGGAUUGAGUCUGAAGUUCAACUCGAUGUAGACCAUGAAGCGAGUCAUCAUUGUGAAGAUGGACAUGGUCACCAUGAUGGACACCAUCACGAUCACACCCAUGAUUCUUCUGUGACAAGUGUUAGCAUAGUUUCUGAAGGGAUGCUGGAUCUUGAUGAGGUCAAUGAUUGGCUAGAGAGACUGGUUGAUGAGAAAGGCGAUGAUUUGUACAGAAUGAAAGGUGUUAUAUCUGUAAAUGAGUCUACUGGGCGUUAUGUUCUCCAGGGUGUGCACUCCAUGUUGGAUGGAUGCCCUGGGAAACCAUGGGGUCCUAAUGAGAAAAGGAUCAACAAGCUGGUAUUUAUUGGAAGGAAUUUGGAUGAAGCUGCUUUGAGAAAAGCUUUCAAGGGCUGCUUAAUUUGACUUGGCAAAAGAACAAGAUAAUCGCUCAUACCUCACCUUUUCAAGCUCCUUUCAAUUGCAGUAGUUCAACGAACCAGAAAAAAGUGCCUUCGGUAUGUAGUUCAGCGAAGUUCUUAUACCACUUUGAAUCAAUGAAGAGGAGAACAAAUUUAUCAACUCGCAAUUUCCUUAGAGAUGUGUGCAUGGAACAGAAUGGUGAGGUAUGUUGAUAUAGUAUGUGAAGCUUUUGGUGCUGAAAAAUCAUGUAAUUAUGCAACCGAAAUAUGUUUCUUCAGUUGGGGCUGAGUCUAAAAUGUUUCGUAAAUUGCCUACUACAAAAGCCUUAAACAAUUUGAAGAUUUGUUGAUUAUUAGAAGCCUUACACCUAUUCUACUAUACAAAGUUCUUGUGUUACUGAAGAUUGCCAGGCGUCUUGUCUUUUUGUUUCUUGUGGUAAUAGAAGAUCACCAUUGCUUUGUUAAUCAUAUUAGUCUUGAAUUAACUAUUGCUUUUUUGAA